AUGAAUAUCAGAAAAAUCUGCCUAGUGUUGCUCCUUGGAGUAUUGCUCCUUGGAGUAUUGAAACUUGGAGAAUUGCUCCUUGGACAGAAGCCACCACCACAUGAUCAUCGCCCUGGCAAACCUCCUCCAAAGGGAGAAAAGCCACUACCACCAACCCCACUUGACAUGGAAGAGAAACCAGAAGGGGAGAAGCCACCACCAGAACACACGCCACCAAAGGGUAAAGGGGAGAAGCCACCACCAGAGCACAAGCCACCACAUGAUCAUCACCCAGAAGAUCAUAAGACUCGCAACGGCCACCGCGGCGGCAGAUUUCAAUCUCUAAACCCUAACACUAAUUCUCCAACUCCAAAGGCUCGUACCAAGCAAACCACUCGCAAAUCCACUAGUGGCAAGGCAUCGAGGAAGCAGUUGGCCACCAAGGCUGCUCGAAAGUCUGCUCCGGCCAUCGGAGGAGUGAAGAAGCCCCAUAAGUUCAGGCCAGGGACUGUUGCUCUUCGUGAGAUCCGAAAGUACCAGAAGAGUACCGAGCUCCUAAUCCGAAAGCUCCCAUUCCAGCGCUUGGCUCGUGAAAUUGCUCAAGAUUUCAAGAUUGAUCUCCGAUUCCAGAGCUCCGCUGUGGCUGCACUACAAGAGGCUGCUGAGGCUUACCUUGUGGGACUCUUUAAGGACACCAAUCUCUGCGCUAUUCAUGCUAAGAGAAUCACCAUCAUGCCCAAGGAUAUUCAGCUCGCUAGGAGGAUCAGGGGAGGGGUUUUUUUUUUGUGUGUUUGUUUUUGAAGAAAAAUUUUGGGUUUAUGGGUUUGCUAGAGAUUGAAUUGGUUACUAAGUUUAUGGGUUUAUUUCUUCGAUUUAUUUAUGGUUUGAUUUGGUUUCUUGGA